AUGGAUACAACCUCAGUGACCUUAAGAGCUUUGGAGAAACUCAAGGAUCUUUACUGUGAUAUUGCUCAGGUUCCGUUACCGCAAAGUGCUCGCUUACGACGUCAAGGAAAAUAUUUUGAAAUUUCUUCAAUUUGGACCAAUAGUGCACUGGAGUUAAAAAAAUCGGUGAAAAUGCAGCGUUCAAGUUUGAUCAUGUCGAAAACAGAUGAAGCGAACAUAUAUGAACUUAUUUCGACAACAUCGCUACCUCUCACUAGCAUAGAGGAAGAACUAAUAGCUUUUUCAUACAGCGAUUCAAGAUGUGCUACACUUAUCAGUUUGCAUGAUGGUAAGGAAAAGAAGCAAUACAUUAAGGUAUUUGAUCAGAAAGAGCAUAUUGAAAUUUGCUGUACUGAUUUAAUAUCACCAAAAAAGCAUGGUUUAAUUUAUAGUGAUGAUGAAUUUGGUGGCUUGAAAUGGUCUAAUGGUGAGGGUCAUUUACUAUAUGCAGCUGAAAAGUUAGUUAAAAAAAAAGAAUACUAUGAUACCGAAUUAGACUGGACUAACGAAGAGAACUUUCUCGAUUCCAAUGUUGGCGACAAAUAUGAGCUUAUUGAAAACUGGGGUGAACAGCGAUACAAAAUUCGGCAGCCAGUGUUAUCUAUAUUUGAUAUUAUGAGUGGCAGUAUCACGGUACUGGAUCAGAUUCCUGACAUUAUCACUCCUACUUUUUGUGUCUGGAGUCCAAACGAUGAAGGAAUUGUGUUCUUUGGGAUUCAUAAUGUUCCUGUCAAAUUGGGAAAGAUAUAUUGCAACAACAGAGGAGGAACAUUAUUCUAUUACGAGCUGAGUUCAGCAAAAUUAACUCCAUUAAGUGAUAAAAAUGUCUCAAUCGAAGGAUUAUCAUUUUCUCCAGAUAAAUCUAAGCUGAUUUAUUUUCAACGUCAACCUGGAGGACCUCAUUAUGCUUCAGUUUCCUGUCAGUUGAUAAAUUGGAAUAAAACUGAACAACAAUUACUAGUUCCCAUCGUCAGUGCAGUAACCGAUCGUCAGCAGUUUCCUGGACUUUACGCUGUACAGUUAGCCGAGAGGCCGUGGUCCAGUGAUAGUAAACGAAUAUUUGUUUCAAGUGUAUGGGGUUCUAAAAGAGAAAUUAUAACUAUAAAUACGGAAACAAGAAAGUUAGAGAAAGUUACGAAUAACGGUACCUUCCAUGGAAGUUGGACAGUGCUUGAUGUAAAUGAGGAUUGCGUGGUAGCGGUUUGCAGCUCUCCAAAUCGUCCCCCAACUAUCCUUGUUGGUCAUAUUCCAAAAAUUGAUUCGGGAGAAAUGAUUAUAUGGACCAAACUUGAUAAUAGCUCAGCUGCUGAAGUUCGUUUGAAAUUACUUGGUUUUUCAUGGCAGCUAGUGGAUUUCGAUAGAGGAGUUCAAGGUGCAUAUGAAGGCCUACUCUAUAUUCCAAAUGAAACUGAUAUUGUUCCACUAGUUGUGGUACCUCACGGUGGACCACAUGGUGUUACAGUUGCUUGUUGGCCGACUCGUGAGCUUCUUCUGUUGUUGAACUCCGGUUAUGCGUUGCUUUUUGUAAAUUAUCAUGGAUCACUUGGAUUUGGUAACGAUUUUGUGAAUUCAUUGCUUGGUAAUUGCGGUGAUUUGGACGUUAAGGAUGUUCAUUUUGCUGUUCAAACAGUGUUGGACAUAGAAUCAAGGUUAGAUCGUUCCCGAGUCGCAGUAUACGGUGGUUCACAUGGUGGUUUCAUUGUCAGCCAUCUGAUUGGGCAAUUUCCCGACUUCUAUAAAGUAUGCGUUGCUCGGAAUCCUGUUUUAAAUAUUGCAGCGAUGUACGAUUUAUCAGACAUUCCUGACUGGUCAGUAGUGGAGGCUCUCGGUUGGAAGACAGUUGAUUGGCGGAAAAUGUUGACAGCAAAAGAUCGGGAGAAAAUGUAUAGGAGUUCACCCAUUGUUCAUGUUGAAAAGGUUGUCACACCAUACCUGCUUUUGAAUGGCGAGAAAGAUUUACGUGUUGUAAAUCAUUAUCGACCUUUCAUUCGCAAUCUAAAUGCGCGCAAAAUUCCUAAUAAAAUUCUAUCGUAUCCGGAAGCUUGCCAUCCUUUGGAAGAAGUCGAUAUAGAGGCAGAUUGCGCAAUCAACAUCGUUCGUUGGCUCGAUAAGUAUCUCCAUCAGUGA